AUGGAGGCCGGGCUGCUGAGCGCCGUCCUGGGCAUUAUCCUGGUGCAGGUGGAAAUGACCACGCAGGACCUGGACCUGCAGAAGAUUGCAGGGUUCUGGCGGGAAGUUGGGGUGGCCUCCAGCCAAAACCUGGCACUGCAGACCCCAAAGAGGCUGGAGGCCUUGUUCCUGACCUUGAGUGGGGAGGAACUGACCGUGAAGGCUGCGUAUAACAGUUCAGGAAGCUGUGAGACUGAACAAAUAGUGAGCUCAGAAAUAAAUGUUUCGGGGCAAUUUGUUUUCCCAGGCCACAGGGAGAUCCAGGUGACAGACACAGACUACGAACAGUACGCCAUCCUGAGGGUGUCCCUCCACUGGCGGGACAAGGAAUUCCACGUGCUCAAGUAUUUCAUUCGGAGCCUUGAGGGCGAGUAUGAACCAGGCUUCUGGAAGUUCCGGGAGUUGACCACAGACACGGGACUGUACCUGGUGGCCCGGCACGGGAGGUGUGCCAAGCUCCUGAAGGAGGUGAGCCUUUGCCUGAGGGGAGCCCGAGGGGAGCCCCUGGGCCUCCAGGGUGGUGACACCAGGCUGCCAGGAGGGGACCCUGGAGGCUGGGAGGGGUGGGGUGGGGUCAAGGGCAAAGGAGGGCCGCCGCGUGUCUGCUGCGUGGACUCGGACAAGUGCCUUCCGCCCUCUGCUCAGGAAGCUCUUCACCCGGAAGAUGGGGAGCCGCUGUCCCCGCCUGGGGGCACGACGCUGUGGGUGAGAAGCGAGUACCAGCAGGCGGGGCUGCCUCUGGCCGCCGUCUGGUCGGCGGGAUGCUGCUGGUUGGCCAAUCGCUGA